CUGCGGACUGCGGGCCAGGCGGUCGGCGGCGGGCGGGCGGACUGAGCGGACGGGCCGGGCGUCAUGGGACCGGGGCCGGGGGCCGGCCGCGCGCUGUCGCCGUGGGCGCGGCUGAGCUUCGCGGUGGGCCACUUCCUCAACGACCUGUGCGCGUCCAUGUGGUUCACCUACCUGCUGCUCUACCUGCACUCGGUGCGCGCCUACAGCUCGCGCGGCGCGGGGCUGCUGCUGCUGCUCGGCCAGGUGGCCGACGGGCUCUGCACCCCGCUCGUGGGCGUCGAGGCCGACCGCACCGCCGCCUGCGUCCGCUACGGACCCCGCAAGGCCUGGCACCUGGUCGACCCUGGGGAGGAACCGAGGGGCAGGAAGCCCAGGCAGGCAGCUGAUAAGGUGACUCGGGUGAGAGCCGCCUCCCCUACUGCGCCCACUUCUCCAUUCCUCACCUCAUGCCACCCCGGGGCUGCGGGCAAGGGCACCAUCUGCGUCCUCUUGUCCUUCCCUUUCAUCUUCAGCCCCUGCCUGGGGUGUAGCGACACCACCCCCGAGUGGGCCGCCAUGCUUUACUACAGCCCGUUCAUCGUAGUCUUCCAGUUCGGCUGGGCAGCCACGCAGAUCGCCCACCUCAGCCUCAUCCCUGUGCUGGUGACCAAUGAGCACGAGAAGGUGGAGCUCACGGCACUCAGGUACGCCUUCACUGUGGUGGCCAACAUCACCGUGUAUGGGGCUGCCUGGCUCCUGCUUCACCUGCAGGUCUCCCCCCAAGUGGGGGCCCCCCCGGACCUCAGAGACCAGCUGGGGGUGCAGGACGUGCCUGUCUUCCGGAACCUGGCCCUGCUGGUGGUGGGCCUGGGCGCCUUCUUCUCUUUCAUCUUCCACCUGGGAACCCGGGAGGGCCGCCGACCGCCUGGCACCGGGUCCGAGCUGCCUGCCGAGGAUGAGCACAGCCCUCUGCUGGCCCCCGGUGUGGCCCGGCCCCUGCUGCUCUGGAAGGACUGGCUGCGCCAACCCGCCUUCUACCAGGUGGGCAUUCUGUACAUGAGCACGAGGCUCAUCGUCAACCUGUCGCAGACCUACAUGGCCAUGUACCUCACCUACUCCCUCAGCCUACCCAAGAAGUUCAUCGCCACCAUCCCCCUGGUCAUGUACGUCAGCGGCUUCGCCUCGUCCUUCCUCAUGAAGCCCGUCAACAGGUGUUUGGGCCGGAACCUCACCUACUUCUCGGGGCUGCUGGUCGUCCUGGCUUUCGCCGCUUGGGUGGCGCUGGCCGACGCGCUGGGUCCCGCGGUGUACGCGGCUGCAGUGCUGCUGGGCGUGGGUUGCGCCACCAUCCUGGUCACCUCGCUUGCCAUGACCGCUGACCUCAUCGGGCCCCACACGCACAGCGGGGCUUUUGUGUACGGCGCCAUGAGCUUCUCGGACAAGGUGGCCAACGGGCUGGCGGUGAUGGCCAUCCAGAGCCUGCACCCCUGCGUGUCUGAGCUGUGCUGUGCUGCCUGCGUGAAUUUCUACCACUGGGUGAUGGUGGCCGUGACGGGUGGCGUGGGGGUGGCGGCCACCCUCUGCCUCUGCAGCCUGCUGCUCUGGCCCAUCCACCUGCGCACCUGGGACCCCGGAGCCCAGCCCUGAGCCCUGCCUCCACUCUGCCAGACACAGACCACUAUGCACUUUGGGGUGUCCUCCCCCCAGGCUCCAGCUCCAGCAUCCAGGACCUCGGGACGAGGGGGGACGAGGGAGAAGGGUUCUGGGGGCCUGUCUCCAGAGCUGGCCAUGCCGUGGGGGCUUGGACCCGGAGCCGCCCGAUGCGGGAAUAAACAAAGGCCCAGA